ACCUGUCGCCAUUGAUGAACUGAGCUGGUUUUCCUUAUCUAUCUGUAUCCUGUAAGAGGAAAAUUUUGUUUUGCUCUUACACGUAACCAGCUUUUUUGAAUUUUGCUUUAUUUAUCGUAGAGAGCGCGGCCGCGGAGAGAAAGGUGCGACUACAUAAUUGUGUGGAAAAUGGCGGCAGCAGUGGUGGAGGAAGUUGUUCCAAAGGCUCCGCAAGCGGAGGAGCCGCCACUCGCGGCGGUGGAGGAGAAGCCGCACGAAGCCGUUCCUGAGAAGGCGGUUGUAGCAGCGCCACCGCACGACGAAUCCAAGGCUGUUGAAAAGGUGCAAGAGCCCGAGGAGAAGAAAGCCUCCAAAGGAUCCCUUGAUAGAGAUAUUGCUCUGGCAAAGCUUGAAGACGAAAAGAGAGUGUCCUUCAUCAAAGCUUGGGAGGAUAGCGAGAAAUCCAAAGUCGAGAACAAAGCUCAAAAGAAGCUUGCUGAUGUAUGUUCAUGGGAAAACACCAAAAAGGCAGCAAUUGAAAGCCAACUAAAGAAAAUAGAGGAACAACUGGAGCAGAAGAAAGCAACGUAUGCUGAGAAAAUACGAAACAAGGUUGCAGCACUUCACAAGCAGGCAGAGGAGAAGCGAGCCAUGGUUGAAGCUCGACGUGGCGAAGAACUCCUGAAAGCGGAAGAAACAGCUGCGAAGUUCCGUGCAACGGGGCACGCCCCUCCCUCAAGUGCCUGCAGCUGCCUCAGUGCUUAAAAUCUCAUCUCAGCUCAGCUCACCUCCACAAGGUUGUGAGUGAAUUACAGUGUAAAUUUUAUGUUUGUUUGUUUGUGGAUCUUUUACGGAUAUUCAGUUACCUCCGUGUGGUGUGGUGUGGUGUGGUGUGGCGUGGUUUGGUGUCGUAUAGCAUGUCUAGUGUUCAUUGUGAUGUGAAAGGAUAUUAUAUAUAUCUAUAUACAUUUAUAUAUAUAUAUGUUUCUACACAUUGUAUGAUGUUACCCAACAUAUAAUUUUAUGUUUGACUAA